GUAACUUCAAGGUUAAUGAUCUUAGUUAUUAAGCGUAAGGGUUAUGAAUUCAGUUCCAAGUAACCGUGACCUAUAAAGAUGUAGAAAUUGUUUUGGGUUUGUUAAUUUCUGCCAUAAUGUGUCAUAUUUUAUGUAAGAUAAGAAUAUGUAAAAUAAUGCACUUUUCAAAAGAAUACUUCUGUACCAGUUAAAAAAUGUAAUUGAGAAAAACAAUGUUUUAAAUACAUAGACCCAUAUAAAAUAUAUUAAUCGAGCAUCAUCAGUUCCCAACAUUGUUCAAGUGUUGUGUAAUUCAGUAAACUGAACAGAGUGGGCCACCAUAUUUAGUUUCCUGUUCUAGCGAUCCCCUAAAAUAGCUCUACUGCAAUUGCUCUGGCACACAGGUGCCAUAUUGAGCCUUGAAAACCUCCGUGCAUAAUCUACCAAAGAAAGGCUGGAUUUAUCCUCCAUCCACCAUGGAAUGAUUUUCAGACAGGCAGAUUCUGAUGCUGUAGAAGAGAAUUCUGAUAACCUACAGGCAGACGUCUGGAGAACAAACCAAGAGUACAGGACCUAUCGGCACCAGAGCAAUGGAACAAUGGUAAUGGUGCAAACCAGCACACAUACUUUUCAUGUGGAUCUGGAGAAGCUUGCAGACUGCAGCGAGUAUUUCAAGGCUCUGUCUCACUCCUGCAUGAGAGAGACAUCCGAACAGCUGGUACACCUUGACCAUGUUCCCUCUCCAGUCUUUCACAACCUUCUACAAUUCUGCUUCCUACAGCAGUUCUGUAUUUCUGAAUACCUCUUUGGGGAACACCUACGGGUGAGCACAUAUCUGCUUGCCUCUGGGUUCACCAAUCGUCUACUGAUUGCCCUCUCUCAGUCCCUAACGGAGCACACCUGUCUAGACUAUCUACAGCUGGCUGAGGAACUCUGCAGUGAGGAGCUCCAAGAGACUGUGCUAACCUACCUGAGCAAGUAUCUAUUGGAGCGUUCACACCUGUGCCAGGGCUUGGAUCCACACCUUAAAGCAAAGCUUCUCAGAUUAAGGUCAAAGGGAGCUCCACACUUAUGCUGCUUGAGAAAGGAGAACUUGACCUCAAGGAAUGACCCAGAAACAGAUGCUGCUCGAAAGCUCUUCAGGCUGGAGGAAGACCAGGAUUAUGGGAAAUGGAGUUCUCUCACAGAUCUGCCUUUUUGUGCAGAUAAGUGGUGCUUCACCACAGCAGUUCUCUAUAAUUACCUCUAUCUCAUAGGGGGUUAUAGACACCGUGUAAAGAGGGGUUAUGAGUUCAAGAUGGCUUCCUUCCGCUAUAACCCUUUUACUAACCAAUGGGUAUCGACAGCUCCUCUGAUUAAGCACAGGCGUCACUUCAGUGCAGCUGUGUGUGAGGGAAGAAUCUUUGCUGUGGGUGGCUGGUAUCUGGAUUCCCUUGUGACUCCUGACUCUAGCACAGGCGUCUACACUGCCGUGGAGAGGUACGAUCCAUGGAAAGACACAUGGGAAUUUGUUUCCUCUCUCCCUCUGACAGACUUCCAGUUCAGCCUGUCCCUUUCCCAUGAUUCCCCGCUCACAACCAGCCUGGGACACUGCCUCUAUGUACUGGGGAACAUCCAGAGAACUGGAGAGAAACUGGUGUUGUGCUACGAUACUAGACAAGAUUGCUGGUGUGAGCUGCUCCCCACACUAACCCGCACCAGUGCAGACCUCCCCAUCUUGAACUUCCUGGGUGCUGCUAAUAGUCAGUUGCUUGUAAUUGGAGGGAACAAUUCUGAAACAAUGGUGACAUCUUUCUGCGUGGACUCUCAUAAGUGGGGUCAUAUCAGAGCAAUGGAGAGAACCACUUUAAUUGGUCAGGGCACCAUUCUGCAUAAUGAGGUCUACAUGUCAGGGAUGAAGGACAAUUCUGUAGUUAAACUGAACCUGCAUUCACUGUCCAUCUGUCCUCUUCCUUCCCUUCCUGUCACCACCUGCUACGAGAGCCUUUUCCACCUCUACUUCUGACGUUCUUUUACUUCAUUUAAUUGCAUCAAAAUGUAACAAAAUAUUUGAUAAAUGAAUCAACUUGUCUAAAGUAAA